AUGUCGCCAAACAGGCAGCCAUCGCCCGUCCAGCCUCCCAUCCUCAGCUCGUACGCGGAUAGCAUGGCACAAGUACGACAAGCGCCGUCUCUACCAACACUCAACAACUUCACCGGGUAUGCCGCCACUCACUCGUCGCCGGACUAUCACUCUUCAUUUCCAGGACCUACAUCUCACGCGGACCGGCACACAUCAACUCGGUUACCACCCAUACAGUUGCCCCCGCUAGGUUCAGCGCAACCACAACAACCUUCGAGCGAUCCCUUCUCGAUCAGGAGUCUUCUUUCGCGUCCGGACUCUCCUGGGCGUAAGAUAUCUCAGCAGCAGCCCAGGCCGCAGCUACCCUCAUUUCGACCUCCUUCGAACUCUCCAGCCAGCAGUUACAGCGACUCACCGCAUGAGAGAACCUCACAGCUACCAAGUUACCCACCAACGCAGCGCCAUUACUUGGAUCAACCGCCACCGAGUGCAACCCGAGGGCCUCCUCAGCCCUUUCCUCCGCAGCAUCAGCCGCAAGCCAUACAUCAAGGCUGGCAAUUCCCGCCUCUGCCGGGUAGAUUGGAUCAGGAGCAACUGCGGCACAAUCCGUCGCUGAGCACCCCAACAUACAACAGGUCGCAUUAUUCCGGCUCUUCUGAGCCAUCGCCAUCGACGACAGCGCUGCCCCCGUUCCCGCCCAGCUUUUCCAAUCCUCUACCUCCGGUCAACUACCGCCUCAGCAUACGGCAACAGCCAGCUGCAGCUCGUGCAUGCGGCUUUGGCGAGCGAGACCGGCGGGUGAUUGAUCCACCUCCCAUUCUGGAGCUGAAGAUAACCGAAAAGACGACUGGCGAGCCAGCUGAGGACAUCAAUUGCAUCCUGGCACUGCACUGUAGUCUGCUGAACCACGAUGGUAGUGAGGAUAACGAUUCAGGGCCCGGCCAGGACGGCACCCCUGCUUCCCGACGUCUCAUGGGAACCGUGGUAGCCUCACCCUACCAAGCCAAAGAUGAGAACGGUAUCGCGGGCACCUUCUUCGUCUUCCCAGACCUCAGCUGUCGGAGUCCUGGCAAAUACCGGCUUCGCUUCAAGCUCCUUCGGGUCGACAUCCCUUCGAUGAAGCCAGGGGGCAUCUCACCAACUGUGGCUUCGGAUGUCAGCGACAUCUUCUCCGUCUAUACCGCCAAGGACUUCCCAGGCAUGCGCGCCUCGAGUGGGCUGUUGAAGGCUCUGCGAAGACAAGGCUUGAAUGUGGGUGUGAAGAAGGGUUCCGAUGCGAGGAAGGGCAGCAAGAAGACGAAGAAGGAGGAGAGUGCUAGCAGCGAGGAGGAGAGUGAUAAUGGUGACGAAGAAGGGGGUAAACGAGGGGGCGCGGCUUCCCAGGAUGGCUCUGGCGACGAGGCGGGUCCUCAGUCUGGCAGGAAAGGCAAGCGGAAGAAGACGACGUCGCGAUAG